GUCCGAAAAAGAAGGCAAGCUACUGAUACCAGAAAGACAGUAUGCCCCUAAACUAGGUAUAAGUUUCACCAGAGCUUUCCUAUUGCUCUUUCCUCCUUUCCUAUUGAUCCAAGCAACUCAGAGUCGGAAAAUGCCCAACUUGGUCUAAACUUUCGACACCACCACGCAUCCAUCAUCUUAAUUAUAUCCUUUCCAAGCUGACGCUUUUCAACAUCUAGCCAUCAUUCUCUAUUCCAGACAAGAUGGGUAUUGCCGACCUCCUCGACGAGAUUGCCAAUGCGUCGGCGUCUCGUCCUCGUGUCGACAAGGUCAUAGAGCCUCCUCCUCAAGCCCCAGAAAGCAGACCCUGUCUUUCGCGUGCUCCCCUGCCUGGUUCAGCCCGUAGCACCUACCAAAUAGCAACGAAGGGAACGACGACAAGUCGUCUCAAAGGUCGUGGUACAAGGGCAGGGGGUCCUCAGACUGCUUCUAGCCCCAGGGGCAACUCCAACAAACAAGCACCGGCCGUUGCUUCUUCAAGGUACAACAGCCCUAGCGGAUGUCCCACACAGCCCAGGGGCAGGGCGGGCAGCGGCCCCACUCGCACCCCACGCACCACCAGUGCCCGUGCGGAUCCUCUCGCCAAGCCGAACCGAAACCCGGGCCUUCCGUCACCCUCCUUUCAUCAUCCGACUCCAUCAUCCAUUCCACUUCACCAUUCCCUUGUUGUUCUUGGCCUCCACCUUGCAUCGUACCAUUUACCUCUCGCCUUCUUCUUUGCCGACUUUUUGCUUGCCUCUCCUUCCGACCGCCGUUCGCCUGCUACUUCUCAACCGCCUGUCCGCAAGCAGCAGACCACGAAGCCUGCGAAGCCCAGGGAACCCACAGACAGUACUGCCACCAAAAAGCCUACAACUGCAUCGUCCUCUCGUGCCGCUGCUCCAUCUAUCAAGGCCGAAUCUAAACAGCCGCUCCAACCCGUCGACGGACCCGUCACACCUCCGGACGACCCCGACACAACAGAUUGCGAGUCUCUGUUCGGCGAUUCUGUGCUUGAAAGCAUUAAGGAGCGCCCAAAGCCCGCUCGUUUCCGUCGGGGCAAAGGCUCGCAGCUGAAGAAGAUCAUCGGCCAGACAAAACGCGAAGCCACGUUUCGGAGACAAGCACAGGCACAGCUUCAAGCUGAAGCCGCCAAACGAGCCGCGGAAAAGGCCAAAGAAGCAGAGAUUGAGGCUGAGAGACGGGCAAAAUCCGCCAAAAGUGCCGGAGCCGCGAGAGAAGCUAGGCAGCUCGCCGCGAGAUCUUUGCUCAGCCCUUCGCUCAGCCCCUCGCUUACCCCUACGGUCAUCCCGGCCGGUGCCAAACAAAAGCUCAUCGGAGAGGUGAAGCUCAACAACGACAGCCCAUUGUUGACGCUCUUGGCCACCUCAAAAGACGCCGAUAUGGACCCACCAAAGCAUGGCAACUACCCCAUCAUUCUUAGUGAUGCUUUACUAGGCAAGGCGUCCAAAGAAACAGUCAGUGGCAUUCGCUACAAUCACAAACCGGCGCUCUCGUCUGACAUUGCCCCGAGCCAAUCAAGGCUCAAGCGGUCCGCGAAGGAUGGUUCGUACAACCUCGGCUUCGAUGAUAACGGAGACAAGUAUCAAUACAAUGGCGUCCGCACUGCAGCAGACGGUCAAUACGUGCUCGUCUUCGACCCAGACCGCAAGGCUUUCGUCCUUCACCAGGUCGAUUCAAUGUUCAACAUGAACAUCGCCAAAACACCGACCGACACCAAUGCCGCGAAGCAGUUCCCUCCUUUGGAUGUCAAGGGUACUGUUCUCGACAAACCGGCCCCGAAGCAAAAGGCAUCAACCGCCGCAUCCAAGAAUAAGGAAGCGCCUGCCAAGAACGCCCCUGCUGGCAGGGGAAGAGGAGGAAAGUCAGCCCAGAACAAGCAGAAUCCCGCAACAUUACCUCCCUCCAAGCCUGCCUCGCCGCCGCGUGCAGAUGCAGAGGGACACGCGACCAAGCACCGCAAGCCAACAUCCGCUGAUUCCGAAGACGAGGAUGAGGAUGACGAUGAUGGUGGCUUGACAAUAGAAUACCCCGAUGGUCCUCCACCAGAACGGUUCAAGCCAGCAGUCAACAAGUAUGCUUCUCCUGCUCUCGCCCUGACCCGGCGCUUUUCCGAGUUUGCGGCCGCUUAUAACCCGGACGAGGAAGAGGACGUCAAUAUGGACGCCGAGUUCGAGUCUCGGUUCAAUGAAGACGCCGAUGGAGAAGGUGGUGGAUACGAGGAUGAUGAUGAGGAAGAGGAGGAAAACGAGGACAUGGUGGAUGCUUUGGCAUUACCCAGCCCGAUCAACAAACCAGCGGCAUUAGCAAGGACCAAUAGCUACCACGAGAACCCAUUGCCUCCUCCUGACCGCUUCAGUUUCGACGAUGGCUCCGAUAUGGAGGCAGAGUUCGAGAACGUUCAAGAAUCAGCGCCGGUCAAUAACCAGGCUAACGCCGCUGAUGGUAUUGAUGAUGCCGAAAUUGCUGCUAUGGAGGCGGAACUUGCGAAGGACAUGGAGAGUGAUGUUAGCGAGGAGGAGUAAUCCCGUUCCCGCACCUCGGCAUUUUUAAUCAUGGGGUAUAAUUGGUUCAGCAUCUUGAACCUCGUCGGAUAAAUGCAUUUAGUUAUGGCUAUGGAGUUGUCAGCAUUUUGCAAGGGCUGGGCCUUUGGGGAAUCAGGAAAGCUGGCGUUAGGUUCACAACGUAGCAGUUGGUAAUAAGUAGCGAAAAGUUGAACAGAGGAGGUAAAGUUAGGGAUAAAGCAGUUAUAAUCGGCUUUCAGCAGCUACCAGGUAGGUAGAUCUACUCAUGGACGGCGAUCGGUGGAACAUAGAAACGGGCUGUAGCCCGGAUGGGAUAUCCUUUGAUGAUAUCACUUGAUGAUACUCCUUGAUCAGUGAUUAAUACAAUCCAUUCUUAC